UAUGUUAUUUACUCUCAAAUACUACAGUAAUAACGCGGUGUUCGUUGGUGAAAAUGGAUCGUUGGGUAGAAAAAGUAGCCGUCGUAACUGGAGCCAGUGCUGGAAUAGGGGCGGCAAUAGCCGAAGCACUAGUCAAAGAAGGUCUAAUUGUCGCUGGAUUUGCUAGAAGAACAGACAGAGUCGAAAAACUAGCUAAAAAAUUACAAGACGCUAAUGCUAAGGGAAAACUGCAUGCGGUCAAAGUGGACAUGACGAAGGAAAACGAAAUAAUCGACGGGUUCAAUUGGGUUAAAAAAAAUCUGGGGCCAAUACACGUCCUUGUAAAUAAUGCAGGGGUUGCGAGAUUCGAUGCAUUAAUCGAUAGUGAUACACAGAAAUGGAGGGACAUAUUUGACACGAACGUGAUAGGAUUGAGUAUAGCAACAAGGGAAGCUGUUAAAGACAUGAGAGCUAACAAUGUAGACGGUCAUAUCAUUCACAUUAACAGUAUUGUGGGUCAUCAGGUGUUAAACUUUCCUAGCGCUAACGCUUAUCCUGCCAGCAAGUUUGCUGUAACAUAG